AUGGAGAUUGACGAAGAGCACGUCACUACACUGCUUAGCAUGGGGUUCCCUAGCGAUAUUGAGGUCAGGAAAGCCCUUCGCUUCGCCAAAAAUGACCUCAACGAUGCUGUUGCAUAUCUUACCAACGACCAUUCCACAUCAUCAUACGAUACGUUAGAUGAUAUUGAAAUGAAAGAUCUACAUCCCAGAAGCUCACAGGCACCUGUUUACGGCCCCUCGCCACCUCCAAGCUACGACGAAUGUGUGAUUCCGGAGAGAACAGAUGUCCAAUCUGAGAAUGGUGGUGGAGAAGGUAUGGUGGAGGAACUCAACCCUCUGGAGUUUCCAGUCACUAACCUGUAUGAACUGGAAGGGCGAGUGUUUGCUGAACAGUGGUCAAUACCCUAUAAGAAAGAAGAAUCUUUAGGCAGAUGUCUUUUGGCAGCUACCAGACUUGCUGAAGCUAACAUGGCUGACAAUGAUGAACACUGUAGACGUUUUUUAGAAAGAUGUAUGCCAGAGUCAUUCCAAAAGCUGAUGACAUAUUCUGCUGUUCAUCGAUGGAAUGCGGAAAUUCAAGAAGGAAUUUUUAACAUGCUGCAGCUAUUUAUUGACCUAGUGGCCACACGGCUACAGUACUUACCAGUGCCUAUAAACCUUCUAGAUGUCCUAACAACAGCUUUUAACAAGGACACAGAGUAUCACUACAAGAACCGAUCUCGAAAGGAUAGGACAUACUGGGAUGACAAACUGGAAGGGGGACAACUCUUCACCACCAAUACUGGCUACAAAUCUGCUCAGGAUACGUAUGGUUGGCUGUCCCAUCUCAUCAACAGGUUUGCAAUGAAAAAAGGUUUAGAACAUGUGAAGAAUCUGCUGGAAAAUGAAGAAAUGGAUGCUCCAUCGAUGGCAGCCCUACUGCGACCGUUUGGAACAUGUGCAGAGUUCCUAAAUCCUGGAUCAGUCUCAGAGAUUCUAGCUCCUGGGAUGGAAAGAUCCAUCAAAUAUGUCCAGAAUCUCGAAGAGAAAGACUUCAAAGAAAAGAAGGUGGGCUAUGUCUCGGACCUGCUAGCUUCUAUGAAGUUGUUAUGUAUCCAGAUGUGGCCACAGCACACCGACUCCUUGGAUGACCUACGUCUGGAGAUAGCUCUACGGAUGCUCAAGUCUCCACACUUUAAUGCUAAAAUGAACUCUCUGAAAGAGGUCUCAAAACUGAUAGAGGAAGCUGCCUCCAGUAAAGUGCCUAAGACAGCUAUUCCUCCUCGAAAGAUCUCAGAUUGGCUUGUGGAACACAAAGUUUUGUCAAUAGCUUUAGAAGGUAACAUCGACCAAACCCAGUACUGUGAUAAAAUAAAGGGAGUCGUCGACUACAUUGGGGCAGAGUUAUCCACUGAUGAGCUGACCAUGAUCUGGAAAAUGCAGUUACGACAAACAAAUAAUGUUACAGACAACAUCCAUUCCAUCAUCGCAGCAGCAGCGGUCAAGUUUGAUCACACACUGCUUGACCACUUGUUUCUUCUUAUACACAUGAAAUGGCAAGAAGAUAACGAUAAGAUGCGGGAAAAGCUGCUAAGCUUAAUUGGAAAGAUUGGACGAGAUGCAAGAGAGGUUAAUAGUACAACAAGGGUUCUGGAGUUACUAUGGGACUUAUCCCAUCUGCCAGCCCUGUCAACACACCUGAUAGAGCAGGCCCUAGAGGAACACCUGGCCAUCCUCAGUGACUCCUUCAGUGUGAAGGAGCAGGAAAAGAGAAAAUAUGUUGUCAAAUGUGUGGAGGACAUUAAAAAGGGUGCUUGUGUAUUACCAGCCUUGAAACAGUUGUUACACAUUUGUAAAAACAUCUUAAAGCAGUGCAUUCAGAAGUCAGAUAAGGGUAUUCUCCACGAACUCAACAAGAACCAUGAUGUCAUCAAGCUGCUGGUUACCAACAGUCUAGUCAAAUGUCACAAGCUGGCUGUGGCAUCCACAGGGGAUGGUCAACUUAGUCAACACACCAUUGUUGAUGGGCGUUACAUGCAUUCUGAGUACGUAACAAAUCACUUGAGUUUCCUCCAGUACAUGUUGCAAGAAGGUGCCCUCUAUCUCCCAUGGAGCCGGGCACGAGAUAUCUGGGGCACAUUGAUCGGCAGUUCAGAGGCAUGUGACUGGGACAGAGAGACCUGUUAUGACUGGUUCAGUCAUGGGCUUACAGAUCUGGAGAUGGAAACACAAAGCCAGUUGUUUCAGAAGGAACUUCUGAAGCUAGACCCUGCUAAGCUCAGUGAAAAAGGUUUUACCUGUUUUAAAAGCUUCUUUGAAAACGUCAACAAAUUUGAACAUCGCCUUAAAUCUGAUGGGAACAAAUUGGUUGUAGAGAAGAGUGAAUUGUUUGGACUGGACUAUAUUUGGGAGAUCUGCUUAAAUACACCUGAUGAGUCGAUAGCAAGUCAGGCCAUUUCUCUGCUUUUGUCAGUUCUCUACACUAACUUGGCACCAAGACUUAAAAAGGACCCUGUGAUACUACACAAGAAAUUCAAAGCUGACAGCAAGAGUAGACUGGAGGCGGCCAUGAUUGGUAUAGGGGGCACUGUGAUAGCUCAGUCCAUCUCCUGGGCAACCAAAACUCUCACAGCUGCUAUUGUACCAGAAGUAGCUAAUGUGCCUUUACCCUCUCGGAACAUCAAGCUGAUGAACAUUGAGCGGUUGAUGUGGAUCGCUGAGGAGUAUGUGUUAAAUGUAGAGGAGACACAUCACACGACUCGCACCAUCCUCCCCCACGGUGCAUCCUUCCAUGGACAUCAGAUGAACCUCACUGUAAUGUCAGAAUCACCCAAACAAGAAUUCUUACUUGUGUGUCAUAGUAAUGAAACUCUUGGAUCAAUCCGGUCAAAAAUAUCCAGCAAAUUACGCCAGACCCCAGAAAACAUACAAGUGGUUGCUCAGGACAAAAUGCUUGGGAUUAACGACGACCAGAAAUUACUGAACCAGCUAGAAAUUGAAGACAAUCAGGUGAUUCAAGUAAGGCUAGCAACAUCCUCAGCUCUCCAAUCAUCACAAGUCAAGGAGAUUCAGGAAAGCCUAAGAAUAGAUGAGCCCCCAGCAACACCAACUUCAAAGCAGUCUUUUGAUCUAGAACAGGAGAAGAUGUUACCAGGAGUUGUAAUGGCUAUGGGCGGACAGGUGUUUGAAAUGCUCUACCAGCUUGCAGACUUAGACGAACCACGAAUCACGUCCCGUGUGCGUAAGCUGCUGAUGCUGAUCCCAACCGAUCCAGCAAUAUCGGAGUCCCUUGACUCCAUCAGUAACAAGGUCUCCAAACAGAUGGGGUCUGGUGAUGACAUCAGUCCACGCGCCAGUCCUCGUAAGACAACAGCCACAAUCACCCCUGUGUCAAGUCCUCGUCUACCACCAAAGGAAGUGCUCAAGGUUUUGUUUGACUCUGGAGCCCAGGACAUGUCAGCCUUCAGGGUGCUAUACAACCUGGAAGUACUGAGUUCCAAACUGAUGCCCACAACAAGUGAUAUAGGGACACGGCUCAGUGCUCAGCAAUUCUGUGAAGACUUCCUCAACUGUGAUGGUUUACAAAUGGUUGUGAAUGUCCUCCAGCCUGAGAGUCUUGCUCCAGAGUUAAAUUAUACCACACGCCAGGGCUGUUACUCUAUCUGCCUACAGCUGGCCCGAUUUCUCCUGUGUGGUCAAACAGUAACUGGUGAGGCCAUUAGUACAGAAGGGGUGGUAGCCCUUCCCUCGGAGGCUGGUGAUACACCUAAGGUCACUCUGUCGGCCACACCUCCUACAUCCCUGACCAGUCCACUGACUAUUAAUGUGGAAAGAGCAGUCACUGCUGCUGGGCAUGCAGUACAGACAAUGGGUGUGCACGUCUUUACAGAAACAGUUUCUUGUUUUAUGAGGGUGACAUGGGCUGCGGCUGCUGGUCGGCUACAUCUCCUGAGUUCUCCUCAGCCAAUCAUAGAAAGCUCCAACAUGUAUGGGUGUGGCUGUCGUAGUCGACAGAGUAGCACUGGCAGCACAGCCAGUACUAACAGUGACAGUGACUGCCAGACACUACAUGCUGGUGUGUGUAUAAGGCAAACAUUCAUCUCUUCUAAAGACUGCAAUAUAGCUAAAGAAGCAUUAGAAAUUCUCGUGGCUUGUCUUCAACUACGUAGCGAGUUACUAGCCUCAUUCUACUCGCUGCCAUGUGUGAGUGACUUCAUUAUAGACAUCUUAGUAGGCUGUUCUCAAUCUGACAUUAGGAAUGCAGCUCUCGACCAGUUUUAUCUUCUCAGUCAGACUCAAUUAUCUCUAACUGAGAGCAGCACAGUCAACUCUGUUGGACACCAAACACCACACCAGUUCAUUUUGAAAGUGCUUCUGAAGGCUUAUCUCCCCUUCUGGGUAUCUUCUGCUAGUACUAGGGGUGCUAGUCAAAGGUUAUUAAUGCAGUGUUCACAAUAUUUUGAUCUGCGAUGUAAAUUGUUGGAAAACUUGAGUGUUGAAGAUCAAAAGAAGUUAUCAUUAGAUGUGCCUACUAUGUUGGAGGAUGAGAUCAAUUGGUUAGGAAACUUUGUACCAUCUACAAACCUAGAUCUGUCCGAUACAGACAACAGUUUACUGGCAGGUCAUUUAAAACUCAUCAAGACCCUGUUUACAUGUGAUGGUGUCGACAAAGUAGUUUG